CAGGGGCCGGGGUGGCGAGGUCCGCUGCCUACGGAGGUGGGGUUCCCCCUUGACGGCCCGCCUUCCCCCGCCGGCCUCCCCGAGAGGGGUCGGAGCCCCGGCGGGCGCCCCCGGCGAUGAGUCCGGACUCGAGGUGGCCGAUCUGACAGCAUGGGGGUGGACUUUGAUGUGAAGACCUUCUGCCACAACUUGCGGGCAACUAAGCCGCCGUACGAGUGCCCCGUGGAGACCUGCCGCAAGGUCUACAAGAGCUACAGUGGCAUCGAGUACCACCUUUACCACUAUGACCACGACAACCCACCACCCCCGCAGCAGACCCCACUUCGCAAGCACAAGAAGAAGGGGCGCCAGUCACGCCCCGCUAACAAGCAGUCACCCAGCCCUUCAGAGCUAUCCCAGUCCCCAGGCCGUGAGGUGAUGAGCUACGCCCAGGCCCAGCGCAUGGUGGAGGUGGACUUGCAUGGCCGUGUGCACCGCAUCAGCAUCUUUGACAACCUGGAUGUGGUGUCUGAGGAUGAGGAGGUCCCUGGGGAGGCACCCGAGAACGGCAGCAGCAAGGAGAAUGCGGAAGCCCCGGCUGCCACCCCCAAGGCUGGCAAGCACAAGAACAAAGAGAAGCGCAAGGACUCCCACCACCACCACCACCACGCUUCUGCCAGCACCACGCCCAAGCUGCCAGAGGUGGUAUACCGGGAGCUGGAGCAGGACACUCCUGACGCCCCACCCCGGCCCACUUCCUAUUACCGGUACAUCGAGAAGUCAGCUGAGGAGCUGGAUGAAGAGGUUGAGUAUGACAUGGAUGAGGAAGACUACAUCUGGCUGGACAUCAUGAAUGAACGGCGGAAGACAGAGGGCGUGAGCCCCAUUCCACAGGAGAUCUUCGAGUAUCUGAUGGACCGGCUAGAGAAGGAGUCCUACUUUGAGAGUCACAAUAAAGGUGACCCCAAUGCACUUGUGGACGAGGACGCCGUGUGCUGUAUCUGUAAUGACGGUGAGUGCCAGAACAGCAAUGUCAUCCUCUUCUGUGACAUGUGCAACCUCGCCGUGCACCAGGAGUGCUACGGCGUCCCCUACAUCCCCGAGGGCCAGUGGCUCUGCCGCCGUUGCCUGCAGUCACCCUCCCGCGCUGUGGAUUGUGCCCUGUGCCCCAACAAGGGUGGUGCCUUCAAGCAGACAGAUGAUGGGCGCUGGGCCCACGUGGUGUGUGCCCUGUGGAUCCCCGAGGUCUGCUUCGCCAACACAGUCUUCCUGGAGCCCAUCGACAGCAUCGAGCACAUCCCACCAGCUCGCUGGAAGCUUACCUGCUACAUCUGCAAGCAGCGGGGCUCCGGGGCAUGCAUACAGUGUCAUAAAGCUAACUGCUACACAGCCUUCCACGUGACCUGCGCCCAGCAGGCUGGCCUGUACAUGAAGAUGGAACCUGUGCGGGAGACAGGUGCCAAUGGCACCUCCUUCAGUGUCCGAAAGACAGCCUACUGUGACAUCCAUACCCCCCCGGGCUCAGCACGCCGUCUGCCCGCCCUGUCCCACAGUGAGGGUGAGGAAGAUGAGGAUGAAGAGGAGGAUGAGGGUAAGGGCUGGAGCUCAGAGAAGGUCAAAAAGGCCAAGGCCAAAUCCCGGAUCAAGAUGAAGAAGGCGCGAAAGAUCCUGGCAGAGAAGCGGGCAGCAGCUCCUGUGGUAUCGGUGCCCUGCAUCCCACCACACAGGCUCAGUAAGAUCACCAACCGCCUGACCAUCCCGAGGAAGAGCCAGUUCAUGCAGAGGCUGCACAGCUACUGGACACUGAAGCGGCAGUCACGGAACGGCGUACCGCUGCUACGGCGCCUACAGACACACUUGCAGUCUCAGAGGAACUGUGAACAAGUUGGGCAGCGAGAUUCAGAGGAUAAGAACUGGGCCCUCAAGGAGCAGCUGAAAUCCUGGCAGCGGCUCCGGCAUGACCUGGAGCGAGCCCGGCUGCUAGUGGAGCUGAUCCGGAAGCGAGAGAAACUAAAGAGGGAGACGAUCAAGGUCCAGCAGAUCGCCAUGGAGAUGCAACUGACACCCUUCCUCAUCCUCCUCCGCAAAACCCUGGAGCAGCUCCAGGAGAAGGACACGGGCAACAUCUUCAGCGAGCCGGUCCCUCUAUCUGAGGUAACCGAAUUGGACGAAGUCCCUGACUACCUAGACCACAUCAAAAAGCCCAUGGAUUUUUUCACCAUGAAGCAGAACCUGGAGGCCUACCGCUACCUGAACUUUGAUGAUUUUGAGGAAGACUUCAACCUCAUUGUCAGCAACUGCCUCAAGUACAACGCCAAGGACACCAUCUUCUACCGCGCAGCAGUGCGGCUUCGUGAGCAAGGUGGCGCUGUGCUCCGCCAGGCCCGGCGCCAGGCAGAGAAAAUGGGCAUUGACUUUGAGACAGGCAUGCAUAUCCCACACAACCUGGCUGGUGACGAGGCCCCACAGCAUGCUGAAGAUGUGGAGGAUGAGCGACUGCUCCUGCUGGAGCACCAGAAACACCUACCUGUGGAAGAGCAGCUGCAGCUGCUGCUGGAGCGGCUGGACGAGGUGAAUGCCAGCAAGCAGAGCGUGGGCCGCUCACGGCGCGCCAAGAUGAUCAAGAAGGAGAUGACGGCACUGCGGCGGAAGCUGGCCCACCAGCGGGAGACUGGACGCGAUGGGCCUGAGCGGCAUGGCCCCUCAAGCCGAGGCAGUCUCACCCCGCACCCGGCGGCCUGUGACAAGGAUGGGCAGACGGACAGUGCAGCAGAGGAGAGCAGCAGCCAGGAGACGAGCAAAGGCCUGGGUCCCAACAUGUCCUCAACCCCCGCACAUGAGGUGGGCAGGAGAACCUCAGUUCUGUUCUCCAAAAAGAACCCGAAGACAGCUGGACCGCCCAAGAGGCCGGGCCGGCCCCCCAAAAACCGGGAGAGCCAGAUGACCCCCAGCCACGGAGGCAGUCCUGUGGGGCCCCCCCAGCUCCCCAUCAUGGGCUCCCUGCGUCAGCGCAAGCGGGGUAGGAGCCCCCGACCCAGUUCGAGCUCAGACAGCGACAGUGAUAAGUCCACAGAAGACCCCCCAAUGGACUUACCUGCCAACGGCUUCAGCGGGGGGAGCCAGCCCGUGAAGAAGAGCUUCCUGGUCUACCGGAAUGACUGCAACCUUCCCCGCAGCAGCUCUGACUCUGAGUCCAGCAGCAGCAGCAGCAGCAGUGCCGCCUCUGACCGGACCAGCACAACACCUUCAAAGCAAGGCCGGGGUAAGCCCUCCUUCUCCCGAGGCACGUUCCCAGAAGACAGCAGUGAAGAUACCUCAGGCACUGAGAAUGAGGCCUACUCUGUGGGUGCUGGCCGCAGCGUGGGCCACAGCAUGGUGAGGAAGAGUCUGGGCCGGGGCACUGGCUGGCUGUCCGAAGAUGAAGAUUCCCCAUUGGACGCCCUGGACCUCGUGUGGGCCAAGUGCCGCGGGUACCCGUCGUACCCAGCUCUGAUCAUUGACCCAAAGAUGCCCCGAGAAGGCGUGUUCCACCAUGGAGUCCCCAUCCCUGUGCCCCCACUGGAGGUGCUGAAACUAGGGGAACAGAUGACCCAGGAAGCUCGCGAGCAUCUCUACCUCGUCCUCUUCUUUGACAACAAACGAACCUGGCAAUGGCUGCCCAGGACCAAGCUGGUUCCUCUGGGUGUGAACCAGGACCUGGACAAGGAGAAGAUGCUGGAGGGCCGCAAAUCCAACAUCCGCAAAUCAGUACAGAUCGCCUACCACCGGGCCCUGCAGCACCGCAGCAAAGUGCAGGGCGAGCAGAGCAGUGACACCAGUGACAGCGACUGACUGCUCCCUGCCUGGAGUGGCACCGGUUGCACUGACUCAUCCUGGUCUUGGGGCCAUUCUCAGGGGAAGCUGGGUGGGGGGGUUCCUCCCGCCUUGAGUGCAGCUGGGCUGUACAGACACUCCAGGGGCUGGCAGUGGCUCAGCGCCACAGUGAGCCUGCCACCUUACAGCAGGGCGGAGGGUGGGGCAGUAGGCCACGGUUAGGACACUGCAUAAGACAGGCCGCCCUGCUGCCUCUGCCGGCUGGGGCCUGGAGAAUCCUAAACUGCCUGGAGGCCUGAGGCCCCUGCAGGUGGGAGGUGAGCAGGCAAGGGCCCAGCCCAGAGGAGGGGCACUAGGUGCCCCCUCCCCUGCUGCUGUACAUACUGUAAUUAUUGGAGAAUUUAAAUUAUUCUCAUUUGUAACUGCGUUUCCGGGUCGCGCCAGAGUCAUUUGGUACUAAAAAAGACUGGGGUCUGUCCCCAUGUUCCUCCUCUUGCCCAUAGAUUGUCCCUACCUUUCGAACUGGUUUGUAUUUAUUUCAAAGGAAGAAAAUAUAUUGAUUCUUAGAAAAUA